AUGUCUCAUAGACUCGGUUGCGUCGGACUCUUCAAAGGCGACAUAACAGCUGUUGGAUCGGCAGACCUAAAUAUGGCACAUUCCGUCGAGCAAUUAAAGACGACAACGACAUAUUCCAGGGGAAAGGGAGGAUAUGGAGGAUGGUGGAGAAAGAGGAGAAAGCGAUGGGCAGACGAAUACGAUGAUCGAUAUUGGGGCGGAUCCAGAUAUACGACGACAACUGUCAACUGGGAGAAAGUCAGCGACUUUUUCAACAACGAUGAACCUUCGCAUGGAAAACAAUGCAUUGGUUUGGACGAUGAAAGCAUGAUCGCUCUUGGAGGAUUCGAUAAUGGCGGAAAGUCAAUUUAUAUACUCAAGAACAAUUGGGAGCAGAAAUGGGUCCAGCUAUCUUCCUUUCAACAUGCCUACUUCAAUCCUGCUGUUGCUGCUUUUGACGAUGUCUACCUAAUUGUCGGCAGAAACAGCGUGGAGCGACUUUACUAUGAUAGCUACACGAGCAAAGCUGCACUAAGUUCCUUUGUCCUGCCUAUAGAUUUCAAAUCAGAACAUUAUCUUGCAUACAAUCUUUAG